GGAGAAUCAUCCAUUGACUGCCUAGCCUUCUCUGAGAUGCUGACGAUUGUGAUGUGCGCCCAUUGUUUUCAAUCUACCUGCUAUUUUUUUGGUACAUUCACCCAGAGAAAGAUCGACAGCCUCCCAGAAUCGACGAGACGAUAGGUGCUGCUCGACUCCGGUUCUAGCACUGUUCGUGUUCGCUACAAUUCACUCAUGUUCCCCGACUCCCUACGACCCUGACCUGGAAACGUCUCCAGAGACACAGUAACUAUGAUUGGCUGCGAGACUUGAUGAACUCGAACAGCCAGUAGACUCAAUCCUUCACGACUGCUAUUCAACAACCCGUUUGCCGUAUCUGUCUCAAAUACUAGUUCUCGACUCAAUUUGAUACGCAUCACUCGACUACUGUGAGAGACACAUUGCCUGCAUCAGCCCACACCUCUCAGGGAAGGACAGUUCACAACUUUGUCGCGUUCAGGCCUGUGCAAACGACUUGGACAAGUCAGCGGGGCUGAAACUGCAAAUAUACGAAGUCUGAUGGCCUGAUAUCCUCUUCCAUUAGACGAGCACGCUUUAGACCGUCGAUCUCAUCAAUAAACUCUGACCAGCGACUAUCCCAAGGCACUUCGUGCCUGGGUUGCAACGGUGGGCUUUGCGAAUCCCGCAUUACACCGAUCUCAAGUCGUGGCACUUUUCUCUCGAAGCAUACGUAAACGAAAAAUAAGCCAAUCCCGGCUUUCCUUGUAUACCAAGUCUCAACAGGCUUGAGGGCAGGCUCACGACGGUGUCAUUGAUGAACCUCUGAAACGAUGGUAACCCACACAAUGCGAGCAUCUAGGGCAAGGAAGAUGGCCUUCCUUGCGCGCUCCUACUCGACCGCCGUGGCCAUCACCGACCCCCUCGUCAAGUAUCGCACCCUUGUAUCGACCAAAAUACUCUCCCCGGACCCGGAUCAGCAUCGACUCGCCAUUCACCUGCAAAAGCUUUACGGCCGUUUGAAGGACUAUGCCCCCGAGGUCGACUACCGCGAGCGUCUCAAGCAGGUUGCUGAUAUUCCCGAGGCUCGCGACCCCGAUGAGGCCGCCGCGACGCUCGCCAUGCCGAGCCAUCCCAUUUGGGACAACCCGCUUUUCAAGCACCUCGCUCGCAAGGCGAUGCCAGUGUCCAAAGAUCAGAACCCAAUGGCCCUCGUCCGCGUCAUGACGAGCCUCGAGGGCGCCAUCACCAUCAACUCACCGAGGGGGUUGUUUCUGUCCGGCGAGGUCGGAGUCGGGAAGUCCAUGUUGAUCGAUCUUCUCGCACAGGGCCUGCCGACGGAGAGGAAGAAGCGGUGGCAUUUCAAUACGUUUAUGCUGUAUACUUUUUCGCAGCUCGAACGGUUCCGCCAGUCUCAUCCCGAGCUGUCCGGGAACGAGAAGGAGUACUCCAUGCUUUGGCUCGCCAAAAAGCUCGUUGAGGAGUCUCCGGUCCUGUUCCUGGACGAAUUCCAACUACCCGAUCGAGCAGCGAGCAAGAUCCUUAGCCACCUCUUCAUAGCAUUCUUCCAUCUUGGAGGCGUUCUCAUCGCCUCUUCCAACCGAAUGCCCGAAGAGCUUCAGAAGGCUAUUGGCGUCGAGUACACCGUCGCCCCCUCGGAUGGUUUCCUCAAGAGUCUGUUUCUCGGCGGCGCCCGUUCGCGUGGUACUCGACAUAGCCAAAACGACUUUGCUGCGUUUCUGGAAGUUCUCAAAGCUCGUUGUGACUUUUGGCACAUGGAGGGGGCAACUGACUGGCGGCGUCGUGAGACUGGGGAGAAGGUAACGGUUGAAACGACAUCUAUCAAGGGAAUUGGAGCUGUGGAAGAGUCAGCUGAGGAUCAAGAGGAAAUGACAAAACCCGCCAAGUAUUUCCUCUCCCCCGAAGCCUCCAGCUGGACGACGGAGCUGUCGGACCUCCUUUCCAGAUCCUGGACCCCAGCAACCCUCACAGUCUACGGUCGCACGAUCGCGAUUCCGCGCCAGCGGGACGGCGUCGUCCACUGGGACUUUGACGACCUCGUCGCCACAUUCGGUCCCGCCGACUACGUGACCAUGGCCUCCACCUACCACACCUUCAUCGUCGACAACGUCCCAACCUUGACGACGCUGCACAAGAAUGAGGCCCGCCGCUUCAUCACCCUCCUCGACGCCCUCUAUGAGGCUCGCUGCAAGCUCUUCGUCCGCGCCGAGGCUGGGCCCGACGACCUCUUCUUCCCGGACAUCCGUGCCGCCCAGGCCGAGGCAGAUCUUGCCGCCGCCGCCGCCGCUUCCAAGGCGGGGACGGGCGAAGAAGUUAUAGACUCAGACGCGAUCCACUCCGAGACCAUCGCCGAGGUAUACCAAGACCAAGCCGCGCCCUUCCGCCCCAACAUCUCCUACUACGACACGGAGCUGCCCACUUCGAAAUAUGACCCGGACCAAGACUCGGACUUUGGCCGCCUCGGCAACGUCAGCAGCGCCACGGGGGCCUCCAGUCCCAACUUUAGCAACACGGCCGGCUUUAUUGGCGAGGACGAGCGCUUCGCUUAUCGGCGCGCCGCGAGCCGGCUGUGGGAGCUUUGCAGUGCUGCAUGGCACGCCCGUGGGGCCGAGAGUGAGCCGGCGGACUGGUGGACGCCCGUUCCGCGCACGGCACGGCACUGGGAGGACUCAGCGCCGUCGAAGCCAAAGAAGGACGAACCCUUGCUGCCGCGGCGGCAGACUGAUGCCACCAUGGGCCCGUCGCGGCCUAUCGACGAACCGUUUGGGACGGAUAAGCUUGUUAUUGACAGGUGGCAGGCCUUGGAGGAGGCGGAACGGCGACGCGAUGAGUCGUCUCAGGGGAGAUGAGAACGUUUUGAAGGGGGGGGUUCCGCGGAAUCUGUUGGUUCCUAUGAGGUCCGAAUAGUCGAUCUAUGGGAGUGUUGGGUUGGCACACUAACCGAAAGUUCCCAAUCAUUGAUCAUCUGGGCCAAAUCCCCUACCAGCGGCCGUUGCCGAACCCCUCUUGUUGGCUUGUCUAUACCAUUUAUUUCCCUGGUUGAUUUUCCUCGAGUUUGUUGGAUAAAGGCACAUAGAACGGCGCAUGGCAUAGCAUUCUGGCGGUGCAGGAACUUCUGAGCAUACGUCGCAUGAAAGACAACGUCAAGACCUUUGAGUCUUUGCAGGGCGGAUAUUUGAUAGAACCAGUGUGAUCUGGCCCCUUAUGGACAGCCGCAAUUGACAUUUCGAACAACAAACAAAAAGACAUCCUUCCCAAUCUACCACUUUUAUAACGCCCAAGACUCCAGAAUGCUCGAAAUAACCUCCCCCUCCCCUCCCUAAAAAUUCGGCCUAGAGGUUCGUGACCCCGGGUGUCCACGCCUCCCCGAUCCUCCUGACCUCCCCCUCGAACUUCUUGCU